AAAUUUACACCGCGCUCACCGAACUUGUACAUCAAAUAUCAAUAUUUCAUAAAAAAUAAACGUUAUUUCAUCAUAUUAAAAGUAGAUUUAAGUUUAAUCAUAAAUACAACUUAUUACAAUAACAAUGAAAUUAUAAUGAAAGAACUAACAUAAUGUCGCAUAACCUGUAGGAUUAUAAAAAGCCGUUUUGUUUUAGUAAAAGUAGAAAUCAAAUAAGUGGAAAAAUGCAAAAGUUGCAAGAGAGUGUGUUUUCUAUUGUUAAAACAACUAGUCUUUCAUCCGCUGUUUUUAGUUUUUUACAACCAUCUGAGGAUUUUUUGGAUAAAACGCCUUUGGGGGGUAUUCUCCGCGAUACUAAGUAUGCGUGGCUAGCACUUGGGCCUAAAUUUUGUGUAGUAGAUUUAAGAAGUGGUUUAAAAAUAGCGGCGCGGACUUUUGGAAAUGGUAUAAGCAGCCGUAUCAGUGUUACAAGUGUUGUUGAAAUACCAACACCUCUCACAGAUAACUCUCGGCAACUAAUUAUAAGUCUAGAAUGUGAUGACACAACCAGUCUUGUCUGUGUUUUCCACGUAAAUGGUUCGCAGCUGCUCCGCUGUAUACAAACUGAUGUGGUUAUCACAGAACUGGCAGUUUGCGAUGGAUUGCCAAAUGGACCGCUUAUGUGUUUUAAUGGAUUGGUUAUGGCUGGCACCCGUAAAGGAGAAAUUAUUAUAUUCGACCUUAAUAGAGCUAGUUUGAUACAAGCAUUAAAAGACAUAUCGCAAGGAUAUGAACAACUAGUCCGGGGUGAGAAUAAUGUAGCCAAUCUCAUAUUCCUGCCUUUUAAAGCGAUUAAUAAAAUUGAGAGUCAAAGAGAAUUGGCUGUUGAAAAUGAUGAUCAUUUAGCACUUCUAUUAAAUGAGGACUCCUUCCUUGAUGACCAGUUCAUCUUUCGUAAUCCAGAUGGAACAGUUCGUAUGAAAGCUAAACAAAGUCAUAUAAGGAUAACGGUUGCACAAUACAUACCACAGUUGGGAAGUUUGGCUGUGGGAUUUAAUUUUGGAGCAUUUCAAAUUUGGAAUAUUUUAAAUUUAGAACUAGAGUUCACUUCUCAAGUUAAUGUUGAAUGUUUGCCAGUUACACAUUUCGGAUACCAGGAGCCAUGUGAUGAUCCAAGAGCAUUUUGCUAUUUGUGGGUAGUUUUUUCAGUUUUAGAAAGAUUCGAAGAGGAAGAAUUUCCCUUGGCUGUGAUGUAUUCUUUAACUUAUCAGGGAAAGAGGAUGCUUUCUGAUACUAAAUGCCUCUAUCAGGAAUUUUUAAUGGCAACAAUUCGUUUCCAAAUAGAACUAUCAGCCGUAGAAGAGACAUCGGAAUUCAUUGGAGGCAAAUGUAUUUCCUGCCACACUUACUCCAUUAGUUCUACUCUAGGAGAAGAGGGUGAAGAUACAAUGUUAAAUCUAUGUCAGCUAGUUUGGGAAUGUUGGGGCGAAAACCAGAAUGCACGUACUCAGCAUGGAAUGCUUUUAUUCGAUCUUGAUCAAUGGUACAAAGAUCAAAUGCCGGCGACACAACGUCUCGGAAGCAACGCAUUUAUGAGUACGGCUCGAUGCCCUGAAGUUAACCGUGGAUCAUGUCAGACUCUCGACUUACGGCUCGACCCAACCUCAGUGUCGCCAUACUCUCACGCCACAAGACUUGAAGAACAUUUUUACCCUAAUUCGUUGCAGUAUGACUGCGUGUGGCUGAACACGUCGGGCUCGUCGGCGCUGCACACGGCGGGCGUGCAGCGCCAGCUGGUGCGCGGCGUGUGCGCGGGCGGCCCCGCGUGCCUGCUGGCGCCCGCGCCGCUCGCGCAGCUCUGCCGCGCCGCCGGCCUCGCGCCGCUCUACGCGCCCGCCGCCGACCGGCUCUCCACGGAAGAACAAAGGCGAUUUCUACUCUCGGUCGCAUUAGAAGCUCGACUCUCCCGAUUUUUAAAGCGCUGUGCGCAUGAUUGGGCCACAGGCACACACAGCGGAGUCGGCUGUACGCUUCCUUUUUUGGUUGAUUGGAGUUGGAAACGUGCUAUUGAAUUGAAAGAAAAUGCCAAAGAACUCACUGCACCAUUGUUUACAUCAUCCACUAUGCCUGAUAGGAAUGUGGUACGUUGUCUCGAACACUGCGUCCAACAGCUGACUCAACUCACGGGAUUAUUGGAUGCCGUUCUCACCAAAUGCUGCAAUCUCGUCGUACCAGACGCACUUAGCGAAAUGGAAGAGAAAUACAAAGGGAUAGGCACCGUGUCAUUGUACUUCCAAGUGGUGCAAUGGUUUGUUCGAGUAGGCUUGCUGCCUGAGCGAUUUCACUCCUAUAACGCAUUGCCUUACCCCGCUCAUCAACUGCAAGCUACUUAUAACAAACGUCGAGUGAAACUUAAUCGAUUACAAGACAAGUCGGAGGACGAGUCGACCAACAAAUCUUGUUCCUUGCUCUAUAUCGAUCAACUCAUUGAAAAUGAGUUUGGCGGUGAGAGAGUACAUCAAAUGUGGCUGAAAGCUGGUAGUGAAUGUGGCGGUCUUUACCCCCCACCCUCACUCUACGCUCUGCUGCGACUCUACCUGCUACCCGACAUCGCUGAAGAACAUAAACACUCGCUGUUGCUGUACCUGCUUUUGGAUUACUCCAUGCUUUAUGAUGAAAUGAGAUACGAGGCGGUGAUUCGUCGCCUGAUGCAGUUCCCCACCAUGUUCGGUCUCAGCAACACCGCCAUCAAAGCCACUCAGGCCUUCUGGCAUCUCGAUCAUCGGGACUUCGACUUCGCACUGGACCAGCUACAAUGCCUAACCGGCAACACAUUAUCCGACUGGCAGCACCACGUGGUACUGUCUUCACUACUCGCUCAGAAGAAGACCCAAGCGGCCUUACAAUAUUUACACGUUAGGAAACCCGCACCCAUUCAAAACAUGAAAGAUGGUGAAGUGAACGCUGUCAAUGACCACGACAAGUUGAAUGACUGGCAAUCGUGUUGCGAUUUGUACUUGGCGAGAGGAUUGGUUUACGAAGCGCUCGAUGUUAUUAGAAUGUGCGUCCAGAAUGCUGCGUCAGCUGAUGACAAGAUACAUCUGCUUAAUUUUUUCUAUAAAGGAUGUCGCAACACCGGUCAACUGUCAAAAGUUCUACAAGCUACUUUGUUACCAUUCGAAGAGGAGGUGUUCAUAAAUUACUUGAAAGAUUGCAACGAGCCUCAGACGUCGGAUAUUCUUGUCAUGUACUUUUUGCAACAGGGGAGGUACCUGGAGGCGGAGCGCUACAACGAGGAGCAGGCGGCGCGCGGAGCGGCCGGCGCCGACCCCGCGCGGGACGCGCUCGUGGAGCUGCUGCGCGCCGCCGUGCCCGCCGUCGCCGCCGACGUCGCGCGCGUCGCGCGGGCGCACGACCACACGCGCGUGAUAAAAUCGAAACCGAUGUCAGUAUACGUCCAAGCUACAUCUCCUAAGAAUACUUUUACAUACAAAUCAACUUUCAUCCAGGAUACUAUUGAAAAUGCAAGUGAAACUUGGAUCAACAAGCCCAAAAUGAGGAAAGGUCUCAAACGAGCUUUGAAUAUAGAAGAAACGCCAUUCAUUUGCACUCCUAAAUUGUAUAAAACAAAAAGUAUUCUAAGCUCAGAACAAAAAGGCAGCGAAGCGACACCACCGAAGCGAGCGAAACUCGACCUUACGGGAACGCCUCGUACGCCCAAAAACCCGUGUACGCUCAAAGUGAGCGAAACCCUCAGCCGACAGAUGGCCAGCUUACUCGAUAUGCCGGAAGUAGAAAGUCCCCAUAAACAGUACGAGCGAAGUGGAGCCGAAACACCGCAUAGUAUUUUGAAGAAUCGUCGCUUAGAAAGUCGCAACCAAGACGCUCCAUCGCCGGUCGAUUCUCGCUACCUGGAUAGCGACGAGGAAUUAGAAACUGCUAGCAACCACACGCAUUAUAGUGAUUCGAAUAAGUUGUUAAGGUUCACAAUCCCUACCGCGUCAGAAGCUGGGUCUACUCCAUCACCUGUACCCAUACCUGUUACUAUAAAAGAUUUGAAAGAAGAAUCUCCAGAUAGAGAUCUGGCAUAUGAAGAAACUGACAAACGUUCUAAUAAGAGUGAAACACACCCUAUGGAAUCGCCGCCGAAAAAAUUCGCCGCAGAAGAAAAGACACCGUCAAGGAAAUCGUAUAAAGACAGCGUUAGGGCCAGAAAAUCUUUAUCAAUAUCAGCGAAUAGUAGUCUCUCGGACGAUCCUAACACAUCUAUAGAAAGCAUAGCGGAUAUACCAAUCACUUUAAUUAAUCCGCGCUACUUGGGAAAUAAGAAGUACUCUAGAACCUCGCCAAUACAUACAAGUGAGAAGGGGACAGGAAACGAGGAAGAUCGAAAGAUAGAAGUAGAGAGUGAGAUGGGAGAAAGUAUUCAAGAUAGUUUCGUACCACGUACACCAAAAAGCAGAAGAAGUAUUAGGACUGGUGUUAAUGAAAGUACUCCUUUGGUUAAUCGAAGUCGCCCUACGACUCCUGAAAGGCAAGAUUCUCCGGCUGCUACUCUGCGUGCCGAUAGAACAACCAGGAGCAGGUCUCGCACACCGGAGCUGAGUCCUCGCUCAUCUCUGGCGCCCAUCCCUGAGCAGGCGCAGGAAGUGGACACCACACCCAGACUCAGGAGUAGAUCUCGUACACCAGACGCGUUGGACAAAGUGGUCAAGGUGCCUCACAAAUUAGAAACCAUCAAAGAAUCUGCUAAACCAACAGAAUCACCGAGCUCGUCUCCAACUCGACGUAGUUUGAGAAGUCGUUCCCGUACUCCAGAAGUAGAACUAACAGAACAACCAAUGAUAAUCAGCCCACGUAGCUUAAGGAGCCGUUCCAAAACUCCGGAUAAAUUAAUGUCGCCGAAAAAAGAACAUUCGACUCGAAGUAAGCGAUCUCUCUCCAGAAUGGUACUCGAAGCAAAUGCUUUUGCCAAAACCAAGCAGCAGACGGAAAAAAUGGAAACUGAAACAAUAGAAGAAAAAAUUGAAAGCACACCAGUAAAAACUUCCAAAGACGUUACCAGUUUGAUGGACGUAACAUUCUCGCCGAUAGUCAACAAAUCCGUUCUACAAAGCUCGACGGAAAGCUUUCUUUCUGUCACUACAGAAAAGACCACUCACAGUAGUGAUGGCAACACUAGUAUACAAGUCUUACCAGCAUUUACUACAAUAAACGAAAUAUAUGUAGAAAAGUCAGUCUUACACAGCUAUCAGAGCAGUGUUGCUGAAACUACCCAAGAUGAAACAAAAGAUGAUACCAUACCUCAAAGUCAAAUUAAAUCUCUGCCAGCCUUCACUACUUUAAACGAAGAUAUUGAUAAAUCAGUUCUAAAUAGCUUCGAAAGUAGUAUGAACGAAUCUAGUUUACAAGAGAAGGAUAUAGCAUAUAAAACACCUAACUUACCAACGACAUCAUUUAAGUUCAAUGAAUCCGAUAUAGGAAACCCAGUUUUAGGUAGUAACGAUAACAGUGCUGCUAUUACUGACGACUCAGUGAAUCAAGAUAAAAACUUAGGUGAGUCCAGCCUAAUGACAAGUGACAGUGAAAUAGAAAUAAAAGAUAACUGGAAGUCCCAAGUAGAUACUCAAGAAACCGCGAGAGUUAUCCAAAAAGAGAAAGAGAAAAUAGUUGAGAUUGAAAGGGAAAUAAAUGAGAUAGAGGGAGAGAUGUCGGACGAAUGUCAAGUAGAAUCUAACUCUAGUGACUCUAGCGAGGAAGUUGCUGUAGAUUCAAGUGAGAGUGUUGAAGAUGGAAGUUCAGAGGAAGAAGUUUCAGAUUCGGAUUCUGAUUCUGAAAGUGAAGGAGAUAAUGAAGUAAUUUCCAUCGCUGAUUCAGAUGAUUCUACAGAGGCUAACAAACUGCAUAUAGAAGAGGACGCUCCAGUUGAAACAGAAAAAGAACAAGAAAUAGAAAACUUUAUAAUCGAAGAAGUUAUAGAAAUGCCAGUUAUUGAAAAAGAUGUAAUUGUGGAGAAUCCAAUAGAGGUUGAAGAACAACAGAAACCUAAGGAACAAGAAGAAAUGGUCGUAGAAACUACGGCAAUUGAAGAUUCAAGGGAACAAUUGAAUCAAGCUCGUAAUAUGUCAAUACUGACUGACGAUAAUUCGUUCAACGAAUCUGAUCAAUCUGUGAAUUUAAAUUAUUCUGAUGAAAAUAAAAUUGAAAAUGAUAUGAAAGAAGAAAAUAUUGAAGCAAUGGUAAUAGAUCAAGUCGUUGAUAUUGACGUCAUAGUAGAAGUGCAGCCAGUCAUUAACACUGAAGCUCUUCCUCAAGUUGUAGUAGUUGAAAAACCAUCUGAUAUUGAAACAAUGGAUGUCGUUGAUGCAAGCAUUAAUAUUGAAACACCGAAAGAAAUAGAAACUAUAGCUGAUCCAGUAGCGGAGCAAGCGGCAUUACCAUUGCCGCAAGAAUCGAUUCAAAAAAGGAAGGAUGAAUCUAAAAGUACUCAAGAGAAAGAAAAACAAACUCAUUCCAGGCACCAACGUGAGUCUACGACUUCAAAUAAAUCUGAAGCUAAAGUUGAUCAAUUAGAUGAAGCCGAUACUUCUAUACGAAAAGGAUUUCAAUCGACGGCCUCGAAAUAUACACCCAGAGACACAGAAUCUAAAUCUUAUAAUCCAGCGCCAGUGCAAAUGGAAAUAACAUUGCCGCAAAAAUCACUCAAAGGAGAGAAAGAAGAAUCUAUAAAAACUGAAGACGAAGAGAAACCUACUCAUUCCAGACAACAAACUAAAUCUAAGACUUCAAACAAAUCAAAAGAUGAAGUUGAUCAAUUAGAUGAACCCAAAACUUCUAUACCAAAAGAAAAUCGAUCGCCAGCCUCGAAUGAUACACCCAAAGAAAAAGAAACUAUGUCUGACAAUCCUAUGCCAGAGCAAAUGGAAAUAACACUGCCGCAGGAAUCAAUUCAAGAAAAGAAAGAGGAAUCAAAAUCUACUGAAAAUGAAGGAAAACCUGUUCAUUCCAGAAAACGAACUAAGUCUACGACAUCGAAUAAGUCUAAAGAUAAAGUUGAUCAAUUAGAAGUACAAAAGAGUUCUACACAUAAAACAACUCAAUCGACGGCCUCGAGUGAUACACUCAAAGAAAUAGAAACAAUAUCAGAUAAGUCAGUAUCAGAGCAAAUGGAAGUAAUUACGCAAGAAACACAUAAAGAAAAGAAAGAGGAAUCUAAAAAAAGUGAAGAUAAAGAAAAAUCCACUCAUUCCAGACAACGAACUACGUCUACCACUUCGAAUAAAUCUAAAGACAAAGUUGAACAAAAAGAAAAAACAAAAACUUCUACACGAAAAAGAACUCAAUCGAAGGCAUCGGAUGAUGCACCGAAAGAAACAGAAAUUGUAUCUGACAAACCAGUACCAGAACAAAUGGAAAUAAAAUUGCCGUCAGAAUCACUUCAAGAAUAUAAAGAGGAAAUUAAAAAAUCUGAAGAUGAAAAACCCACUCAUACCAGGCAACGAACUAAGUCCACGACUUCAAAACAAUCAAAAGACAAAGUUGAAAAAUUAGAAAAAACUAAAUCUACAAGGAAAAGAAAUCAAUCGACGGCCUCGGAUGAUACACCCAAAGAAAAAGAUACUGUAUCUGAUACGCUAGCGCCAGAGCAGAUGGAAGUAACAAUAACGGAAGAAUCACUUCAAGAUCAGAAAGAGGAAUCUAAAAAAAAUGAUGAAGAAAAACGCAUCUCUUCCAAAAAACAAAAUAAGUCUACGACUAUAAAUAAAUCUAAAGAUGAAGUUGCUCAAUCAGAAGAACCGAAGACUCCUUUGCGAAAAAGAACUCAAUCGACGGCCUCAAACAAAUCUGACACAGAACAAAAAACACCCGAAAAUGAGAAAAACGUUGAAGUCAGCACCCCAUCUUCUCGAAGAAGAGCGAAAACACCAACUUCAACGGAAGUCAGGAAAAUAUUAACACGUCGUGCGUCCAAAGAACUAAUGGAGCAAGGCGAAGAUGAAUCAAUUAUUCUAGAGGAUACGCUAACACCAAGGCGUCGUUCUACUCGUUCUAGAAGUAAAAAAGAUGAUGAUAAUAUUAGUGUCACUUCUGAAACAUCAGGAAAGUCUUCUAGGAGUAGGGUUAGUGAGGAUGGGGAUGCUAAAAGUCAAGUAAGGAAAGGUCGAAAGUCUAUCCUGAGUACAAAGCCUGAUUUGUCUGUGAUACCGGAAGUAACGUCAGAAGAAUCGAAAACAGAAACCGCAGAGGAUAUUGUUAAUGAAUUGGGUACUAGGAGACUGACGCGUAAUCAGAAGGCGGUGCUGGAGUCGUGGCUCGAGCCGAGCCGCUCGCGCCGCGACUCGCUCACCGACAGGGCGGACGAAGCAGGCUCACCCGAUCCAGACGAAAUGAGAAACUCGCCAGAUUCUUCCUUCGCUAUUAGACCUCGCCCUCGCAUUGCAAGAUCCGCGUCUGAAACAACGCCCAACGAGAAACCGGCGAGAAUCGCAAGGAGGACAUCUGUGGAUAUCGUGGCGUCGGGCGGCUCGCCGGCGGGCAGCCCGGCGCGCGCGCGCCGCGUGUCGUUCGCGCGCGCGUGCGAGGCGCUGCACACGCCGCGCCGCGCCUCCGCCGACGCGCGGAAAGAUGAUUCGAUCAGUCAGCCGGGGUCUCCCCCAGAAACUCCCACUCGCAAACAGGCAGAUACCAGCCAAGUCAAAGAGUCAGCCAGGAAAACAAGAAGAAAUUCCGAGAAAAACAAAGAAACAAAGGAGUAGGACGUUAUUUAGUUAGUUAAUUAUUUUUCUUUUUACUAAUGUUCUAGAUAUUGUAUCGGGUUUGCAUUUACGUAAAUAAAUGAAAAUAUUCUUUAAUAUACA